AUGAAAGAAAUCGCCAAAAAUUGUGGUCCGGCCUUUAGCGACACGAAAACAGAGACCCCUGUAGUAGGUAAAAAAUGGUACGGGUUCUCCGGGCCUUAUCUUAACUUAUUGACAGAGUUUAGUCUUAGGUGGAAGGAAUUGAGGCUUGGCAACGCAGAGUUUCCAUUCACAAAGGAGAACAAUAUAAGCAAGUCCUAUUCCAUACAGAAAUUCGGUUUGACUAGGGCCCACUACGUCUCACCAGAGGGGAUUCGGUUCCCGCCGGAAAGGAAAUCAUCCAUGGCACAGUCACUUGGCCCUAUGACGUUUGUGAUGUGUUACUCAUUGGCUACAUUAGCCAAUGAAAAUAAGUUCAAGGAGGCGGUGAAAAAAUCAUUGGCACACAUCCCGAAUGUAGAGGGAAUGUUCGAGACUCUAAAAGAAAAAUAUAAGAGUAUUACCAAAAUAUUUCAGGAAGCUUGGCUGCAGGACCCUCUUCUCAAAAUGUGGCUUGCUCCAGAUAAACAUAAUGAGAAAAAAUGCAGAUGCAAAAUUUGUGGUGUGGAACUGGCUGGUGGUAAGAGUGAAUUGAUCAAGCAUUCACUGAGACGAAAGCAUGUCAAGAAUAUGAAUGCUGUCAAUACAUUAAAGCUAUUAGUAAAUUAUUUCGUCGACAAGUCUGAAAAAAUACAUGUUGAAAAUGUGAAAAAGGCGGAAAUCAGGCUAUCAGUAUUUCUCGCUACAAUGGCAGUAGAUCAUUUAGUUCCUCUGCUGAAAACUAUUUUUGGAGAUUCAAGAGUCUGCACGGACAUCGAAAAAAAAAACAUGUGUUCAUUGGUUAGAUACUGCGACCUGAACACAAAUAAGGUGGAAACCAAUCUCCUGGAAUUGAUUUCAUUGCACCGAUUGCAGCGCAUCAAAGAUUUAUGA